AUGGACAAGCGAAAAGACAAAAAGAAAAAUGGAGGCGCAGCUCCUCAGGCGAAAAUCGCUGACGAGCGAUUCGCCAGCUUCCAGACUGAUCCUCGAUUCCGGCUGCCGUCGAGAAAGCACAUGAAGACGACCGUCGACAAGCGAUUUGCGGGCAUGCUCAAGGACAAUGACUUCACGGCCACUGCGCGAGUAGAUAAAUACGGACGAAAAAUCAAAUCCGACGCCAAGAAGAAGGCCCUGCAGAGACUUUAUCAGCUGGAUGACGAUGAGGAGAAGGAGAAGGAAGGCAGCUCUGACGAAGAAGAAGCUGACAAGUCAAAGAAAGACGACGAAGACAACGAAGAUGAUAGCGAAGAGGACGAGGAAGAGGAUAUUGAAGUUGAAGAUGAUGACGUUGUGCAAAGAGAGCUGCAAGCUGCGGGGAGACCUCGCAGAUAUGAUCCUGCUCGAGAGGGAGGUUUUUCAUCUUCUGAAGAGGACUCAGACUCCGAUGAAGAGUCCGAUGAAGAGCUGGAUCUUGCUACUGGUGGCGAUAUGCAGCGAUUAGAACGAGAGGAAGUCGAAACCGGCGAUGUCACGAACCGGAUAGCCAUUGUCAACCUCGACUGGGACCACGUCAAAUCAACCGAUCUGAUGGCUUUGUUCACCAGCUUCAUUCCCGCCAACGAGAGCGGCAAAGUUCUAAACGUAUCAAUAUACCCAAGUGAAUUUGGAAAGGAGCGCAUGCAAAGAGAAGAGCUCGAGGGACCGGCCAGGGAAAUCUUCAAGAAGGGGAAGAAAAAGGAAGAAGUAGAGGACGAAAGUGCGUCUGACAGCGAGGCCGAAGAGGCUGCAAUCAAGAAGCAGCUGCUCCAAGAGGGUGACGAUCAAGAUUUCGAUAGUGAUGCUUUGAGAGCAUAUCAGCUUGACAGGUUACGAUACUACUAUGCUGUCAUGACUUGCUCAAGUAAAAGCGCUGCACAAGCCAUCUACGAGGCAACCGAUGGAACCGAGUAUCAGUCUUCUUCCAACUUCAUCGACCUACGAUUUGUUCCAGACGAUGUCACAUUUGACGAUGAACCCAGAGAUCAAUGCGACAAGGUCCCCGAGUCGUAUAAGCCCAUUGAGUUUGUCACCAAUGCGCUGCAAAGCUCAAAGGUAAAGCUCACUUGGGACACGCGACCCGAGGACAUGAACCGCAAAGAAUCCAUCAAGAGAGCGUUCAAAGGGAGCCGAGCCGAGAUUGACGAGCAAGAUUUGAAAGCUUAUCUCGCUGGAGACAGCGAUAGCGAGGAGGAUGAAGAUGAUGCCGAUGGUAUCACCGAGCCCGCUGAUGGUGAGCCCAAGUUGACCAAAAAGGAGCUGGCUCGACAAAAGAUGCGCGAAGCUCUCGGUCUUGCAUCUGAGCCAGAGUCCAAAAAGUCCAAUGAUGGCCCCGUCGGCGGGAUGGAAGUUACCUUCACGCCAGCUCUAUCAGGUGAGAAGACUAAAAAGGAUGAGAAAGAAGAAACAACAAUCGAAAAGUACGCCCGCAAAGAGCGAGAGAGGAAAGAGAAGAAGCGACAAGCCGCCAAGGCCAAGCGCGAGGCUCUUGAUGAGGAUGAUGAGGACGACGAUGAUGGUGGCGUCCAAAUUGCUCAGGGCGACGACGAGGAUGACGAUGAAGAUCUUGGCUUCAACGACCCCUUCUUCACCACCGACGACCCCGCGCCUGCAUCCAAGACCUCUAUUCGCAAGGAAGAGCGCUUGAAGAAGCGCAAGGCUCGUGAAGCUGCCGAAGCGCGCGACGCCGAAGAAAAGGCCCAUCUCACCAAGGUCAUGGCUGAAGACGCACAGGAAAACCAGGUGGAUCAUCUCGAUCACUUCGACAUGAAUGAGAUUGUGAAGGCGGAGAAGCAGAAGGGCAAGAAGAAGAAGUAUCAGAAGAAGACCAAGGUGGAGGUGGGACUGCAGGAAGACUUCAAGAUGGACGUCAAGGACGAUCGUUUCAAGGCUGUGUUUGACAGCCAUGAGUUUGCUAUUGAUCCUUCGAACCCCAAGUUCAAGGCUACUGAGGGGAUGAAGAAGCUGCUGGAGGAGGGUAGGAAGAAGAGGAAGAUGGCUGUUGGCGGAGAGGAGGAGGAUAGACCAAGUGGGAAGAAGAAUAAGAAGGGACGACGGUAA